GUUGUCUUGUCUUUUCACAAUAAAACGCAAACAAAAACCCACUCCCACUUCCUUCUUUCUAAAAAAGAACACACACACAAACCACUUUCUCUCUUCUGUCUCUUUCUUUUGCCAGGCGAACAUGGAUAAAGGCUUCUCUCCCGUCGGUCUAAGAGUUCUUGUGGUUGACGACGACCCAACAUGGCUCAAGAUUCUUGAGAAGAUGCUCAAGAAGUGCUCUUACGAAGUCACUACAUGUGGGUUAGCUAGAGAAGCUCUGAGGCUGCUCCGGGAGCGUAAGGACGGAUAUGAUAUCGUGAUCAGCGACGUGAACAUGCCUGACAUGGACGGCUUCAAGCUCCUUGAGCACGUUGGACUCGAACUGGACCUCCCUGUCAUAAUGAUGUCAGUGGACGGUGAGACGAAAAGAGUGAUGAAAGGCGUUCAGCACGGAGCGUGUGAUUACCUGUUGAAGCCUAUAAGGAUGAAGGAGCUGAAGAUCAUAUGGCAGCACGUUCUGAGAAAGAAGCUUCAAGAAGUGAGAGACAUCGAAGGCUGCUACGAAGGAGGAGCUGAUUGGUUCACCAGAAACGAUGAGACGCAUUAUCUUGGAGGAGGUGAAGAUGUUUCUUUUGGGAGAAAGAGGAAAGAGUUUGACUUUGAGAAGAAGCUUCUUCUUCAGGAUGAGAGUGACCCAUCAUCAUCUACCGCCAAGAAAGCAAGAGUGGUUUGGUCUUUUGAGCUUCAUCAGAAGUUUGUCAACGCUGUUAACCAGAUCGGUUGCGAUCACAAAGCUGGUCCCAAGAAGAUAUUGGAUCUCAUGAAUGUUCCAUGGCUCACUAGGGAAAACGUUGCGAGCCACCUCCAGAAGUACAGGCUUUACCUGAGCAGGUUGGAGAAAGGGAAGGAGCUGAAGUGUUAUUCUGGUGGAGUAAAGAAUAUGGAUUCACCUCCAAAAGAUGCUGAAUUUAGUUCUCUGAUCCAUAAAGGAGAGACUGAUCCAAAGCAACUUGCUUCAUCUUCAGUGUCUGACCCCAGCAGUGAUGUUCAUAUGCCUCCAAAAGCGAAAAAGACGCGUGUAGAAUUUGAUCCUCCCAUUUCCUCCAGUGCAUUUGACUCUCUUAUUCCCUGGGAUGAUGUUAUUGAACCGAAGCCCACGAUUCUGUACGAGAGCAGCUUUCUUCAGCAACAACCAUUACCAAGUCAAAGUCCCUAUGUUGCAAACUCUGCACCAACUCUCAUGGAAGACGAAAUGAAGCCUUCUUAUGAGACUUGUGUGAAUGCAGAUGAGUUUCUCAUGCCACAAGACAAGAACUCUACUGUGAUCCUCCAAGAUCUGGUGGACUUGUCUGCUCCCUCUGUCAUCUCCUCAAAUGUAACGAACGAUACAGAGACGAUGCUGAGAAGCUUGAACUGGGAGCUUCCAGAAUCACAUCAUUCUGGUUUUAUAGACACUGACUUAGACUUCAGUUGGAUUCAAAACGAGCAUUUUCUUGCAAACACCUCCGGGAACUUCCAAAACUUCCAGUUUCAAGAUUACAGUUGUAGCCCAUCUCUCCUAUCCGAGCUCCCACCUCACCCUUGGUUUGGAAAUGAACCUGAGGAGUAUACCCUCAUGAUAGACAAUGGUUUAUUCAUAUCUUGAACUUGCUCCAUUAACCGUAUAUUGGUCGGUGUUAUGCAUAAAGAUUUUGUGGGUAUACCUGAAAAUAAUCUCUUCAUGAUCGAAUGCAUGUACAAUAAUCCAUGAGUGUCAUAGGCUAAUUAAACCACAAUGAUAAGACCAUUUGUUUCA